CUACAAAUACAUGUGGAAAAGAGCAACUAGAAGGAACAUCCGUCACCAUCAAACUACCAACAAGAAACAAAUCUAAUGAUAUCAUGUGGAUCCAUCUCUCUAGUGGUGACUUCAUUUACAGGAAUAAUGGGAAAAUCUGGAAAAACACUCCAGGUCUAACAAUGGAAAAAGAUGGAUCAUUAACAUUACACAAUGUUAAUCUGAAGGACACCGGCAAAUAUAGAUACACUGUUUUCGCUGACGAAGAUAUACAGAUUGAUGAUGGAGAAAAGGAAAUUAAAGUUUAUGCAAAGGCUCCUAAACCUACUGUAAUGUUUGACUGUGAUGCUGAUGGGAACGCUGUGCUCACCUGUGACACUAGAAACCAUACAGAUCUGAUUGUAUCCUGGUAUAAAGAAAACAAAACCAUCCAGAAUGAAAAAAACCCAAAACUGUUCUUGACAUCUGCUCAAGUACAGGAGAAUAAACCGUACUCAUGCAGAGUAAGCAAUCCUGUCAGCAGUGAGCAAAGUGACAGCAUCACAGUGCCAUUCUCAACAAAGACAUGUGGAAAAGAGCUACUAGAGGGAACGUCCUGCACCAUCAAACUGAAAACAAGAAACAAUGAAAUACCUACAGAGAUCAAAUGGUUACAUUUCUCUAGUGAUGCCUUCAUUGAAAAGAAAAGAGGGAAGAUUAAGAAUAAUAAAAUAGAUGGGGAAAUAGGCGAAGAUGGAUCAUUAACAUUUAAAAGUGUUAGUCUGAAGGACACAGGCAAAUAUAAAUACAGUGCUUUUAAUAAUGAUGGUACAGAGAUUGGUGCUGGAGAAGAGGAAAUUAAAGUUUAUGCAAAGGCUCCUAAACCUACUGUGAAGGACAACUGCAAAAAUGGGGACGCUACACUCACCUGUGACAUUGGAGACCGUACAGAUCUGACUGUAUCCUGGUAUAAAGAAAACAAAAUCAUCCAUGAAAAAAACCCUCAAAUGUUCUUGACAUCUGCUCAAGUACAGGAGAAUAAACCGUACUCAUGCAGAGUAAACAAUUCUGUCAGCAGUGAGCAAAGUGACAGCAUCACAGUAUCAUGUGCCACAGGUGAAAGCUCAGGUCCUCGUAAACUCUUUGGCUUUGAUUUUUGGAUCAUGGUGAGCAUUUUAGCAGGUUCAGGAGCCCUUCUGCUACUGCUAAUAUGUGUUCUCGUGUUCUCUAGCCAAUGCAAGAAUCACCAAAAAGAUGAGAGAGGGCUCAGGCUGAGGAAUCUUUAAACUCCAAAUCCUACCAAAACAGCGAAAACAAUUCAUUACAAAUGACAACCUGUGUUCACAUAAAUCUCCUUAUGAAUCUGGAUUUUUGUUCAGACAGAGAGUUCGAAAAGAAGCAAAGUUAUCAAGACACAGAUGGUAAAGAGCUCCAGCUGGGUUUUAGAGGAUCAACGAUGAGCACAACUCUGUGCCCGAUGUAGUAUCUGUCAUUUGCGUACAAGUUACGAGAGGAAAAAUAGUAUUAUAUGUACUUUAUAAAACAUACAGUCACGAUUUUCCACAAAGAAAUCAAAUAAACUUUCUCUUGUAUAUCUUUGGUUUCCCACAGCAAGCAGCACAAUGACCUUAUUUUAAAAAGAAUAACAUUUUUUUGUGAAUUAUUAACAAGUUCAUGUUAUUUAUAAAUGAUUAGAAUUUUUGUUUUGGGUUUGAGCAAAUAAUAAGCACAGCAUUUCAAAUGCUUUAAAGAUUGAACACAACUGCAGUCUUACCGUGAAAACGAAUUAUGAGAAACAGGAAAAGGAUGAUGAUGGCCACAGCGAUCAAAGGAAUGACAAUUGAAAUGGCAAGACUUGAGUUUGAACCUAAUGAAGAAAAAAAAACAUGCAACACUUAUAAAGCAAAUCCAGCCCUGGAUCACAAUUGUGUUAAUAAAUAACAUUAAAAAUUAAGAGACCAUAAAACAUUUAAAUAUCUAGCUCCAUACAGAUUUAUGUUGUAUGGAGUUUCUUCACUGUCUUACCUUUAAACAGAUCUCUCUCAUAGACCGGAUCACUGGUCUCCUCAUUCAUGGAGUACUUGAGUGUGCAGUAGUAGUCGGCUAGAUUUCUUUUGUUUUCGACUAAGAUGAACUCUCCUUUCGGAUAAUGCUCUGAGCCCUUCAGUAUUUCUCCAGCAGAAUUCUUCCAGAUGAUCGUUUCACUGUACUCGCAUAUUACAGUUUUUUA